UGCGACUGCCGGCUGCGGGACGUGCACCGGUGGCUGAACAACAACAGUGCGCCGCACACGGUCGAGCCCACCUGCCACCAACCGGACCGGUUGCGCGGCACGGUCAUCCGGAAGCUGGCGGCCGAGGAACUGGCGUGCGCGCCGGUGGCCGCGGCCGCGUCCCCCGAGUACGUGGAAACGGACGCCGGCAAGAACGUGACGCUCGCGUGCAACGUGAAGCCGGUCGGACAGGUGCGGAUAUCGUGGUGGUUCGAGGGACGGCAGGUGGCCAACGGCACGGCCGCGGCCGGCGUCGAGCUGUCCAUCGAAGACGCGGGGCCCGCGGACAACGGCACGUACGCGUGCGUGGCCGAAAACCGGGCGGGCUGGGCCGCGUGCAAUUUCACAGUGCGCGUCAUCCAAGAACCGUCCGAGGCGGCGGCGGGCUCGUAUCCGCCGGACGCGCCGCCUCCCGCCCUGUUGGUCAUCGUGCUGGCCGGUUCGGUGUGUUUCGUGGCCGUGGCCGUGGUCUGCGCUGUCGCCUGCCGGUUGGCGGUGACCAAACGCCGGCGGCGUCGAGACCGCGGCGGGCGGACGGCCGGCAAGUCGUCCGGAGCCGGUGGAGGCGACGCGGACGCCGACGAUCCGUCCAAUAGCAGCGGACAGGGAGCGAAGACGACGUCCGACAUCAGACAAUCGGACUCGGUGAACCUAACCGUUUCGUCGACGGUCGACGGGAAGUUGUCGUCUGCGGAGGACGUGAGCGUGUACGGCGAGUAUGACACGACCGCCCACCCGGGUUCGUCUGCCGGUUACGAAGUGCACGAGGUGCUGCAUGCGGGCGGUGGCGGUUACGACCCGUACCAGCAAGUGCACGUGGCCGCGGGACAUCCGGCCGCGGCGUCGGCGACCACCACAUUGGAGGCCAACCCGGAUCUGAUCAGUGACGCGUCUACCGUGAUCCGGGACAACGUCGGAGGUGACUACUGCGACGCCGGUGACGAAGUGUACAAGAUAGCCGUGCCGCCGCCCCCGUCCGGCGGCCGGGACUUUUGGACGAGUUCCGGUGCGAGCGGUACGGCUAUCGUUUACCCGUCGAGCGGCGGCUGUGGAUCGUACGAAUUGCAAUUGUCGCCAGGUAAGUUGGCUGCCGGCGAACCGUAUCCGGCCGAUUACGGGCUGCCCAAGUUGUCUUCUGGCCAGUAUCCCGUACCGGCGCCGCCGUCCUUGUACCGGACGCUACCGCACCGCCGAAAUGCAGCCAAGCCGCAAGGACGGUCGUGCCAAGAAGCCGAGUUCGUCCUGUUACAGCAACAUCACCAUCACCACCAUCAUCACCACCAGCAACAGCACCAACAACAGCACCACUUGCCCCGGUACGAACCGCAAAACGUCCGGUACAACCAACAGGGAUAUCCGUACCCGGCGUCCGCAGUGGCCGCAGACGCGGCAUACUACGCUACGGCUGCAUCCACUUUUUACGAACCACCGUCAUUGUCAAACGCGUCUGCACAGACGCUCGACGACGAAACCAUGGUCAUGAUGAUGAUGAUGCCGCCGCCACCCCCGCCACUGGUAACCGGUGCUGCUGCAUUACCACCAACUGGCAGACAGCCGCAACACUUGACUACUGAACACGCUAACCAACACAAGGCCGUCACCGCCGUGCAAAAGCAACCGGCCAACACAGAGAGCCCGGACGAAGGGUACGUUGGCGAAGGUCCUGACUCAUAGACGGUCAAAAGCCACGACCGGAUGUCCGUUCACCGACGUAGACUCCGCAGAGGUUGUACCAACCGACACUCAAUGACGGACAAUCGUCAUUCUCACCUGUAAAUAAUGCGAUAGUAAUAUUAAUAUGAUAUCGUAAUAAGCUGUGAGAUAUUUGAUAUUUUUGUCGUGCGUACUUGUUGGCAGGUCCACGCCUUAGAAAUAGGGUUGUAAAAAUAUAGUUUGAUAUUUAUCAAAAUAUAGACUCUUUCGGAAAAUUUCCACCGGAACGUCAUUCGACGUUCGAUAGUUUCCUCCGAUCGUUAUACAAUAGUCGAAAAGCGCACUGUUGUGCGUCGUGGACCGUUAAAGUUAAACGAUGUUAUCAUAUUAUAAAACUUAAAAUUCUGCACUAGAUAAUAUUAAAUGCGCAAUAUUUAGUUCCGUUCGAAUCCAAUGCUUCGAAAAAUGUAUUUUUUUUUAAAUUUGUGUGUUUGUGAAAUUCUUUCUAUAAAUGGACUUACUAAAUGUA